UGUUUAACUACUUUUUAUUGUGAUUAUCCGCAUUUAUUUCCCCCAAGCUGGGAAACAAAAUUCAAUAGUUAAAUGUUUGACACUUUAAUUAAACUUGAGGCUCAUAUAUCAGAAGAGAUGAUAUUCAUAUUUAGGGUGUACUCUCCUUUAAGCGCCCCUCGGAGAGGAGCCAGCAGAGAUCACCAGACAUCAGAGGAGAAGCUCGGCCUCAGCAGCUCUCAGCAGCGGGCAGAAUGGACUGAUAAACAUCACUGUUUGGGGCGAUGUUCAGAUUUAGUUUGCCAUGGAAACGGAUAUGAUACCAAAAUUCUCCUCAAAAGACGAGGAAAUUGACUUCUGGAAGGCUCUUUCUCUCAAGUACAAGGAAGGGUGCCAGGAGGCUCGCGAGGAGCUGCUGGAGUUUCAGGAGGGGAGCAGGGAGCUGGAGGCCGAGCUGGAAGCACAGCUGGGCCAGGCUGAGACUCGUAUGAAGGACCUGCAGUCUGAGAACCACAGACUCAAGCAAGAUGUCGAAACACUCAAGGAGAGGGUUGAGCAGCAGUACACUCAGAGCUACAAGCAGAUCUCCAUGCUGGAGGACGACCUGGGCCAAACGCGCAGCAUCAAGGAGCAGCUCCACAAAUACGUCCGAGAGCUCGAACAGUCCAACGACGACUUGGAGAGAGCCAAAAGAGCUACCAUCGUGUCCCUGGAGAACUUCGAGCAGCGUCUGAACCAGGCGAUCGAGAGGAACGCCUUCCUGGAGAGCGAGCUGGAUGAGAAGGAGUCGCUUUUGGAGUCUGUGCAAAGAUUAAAGGAUGAAGCCAGAGACCUGAGGCAGGAGCUGGCUGUACGAGAGAGGCAGUCCGAUGUAACCAGGAUGUCUGCUCCGAGUUCGCCCACACAGGACAAUGAGAAGAUGGACACUGCUGUUCAGGCCUCCCUCUCUCUCCCUGCUACACCACUGAGCAAAGGUCUGGACAACGCCUUUGCCAACCCAACAGUCCUAUCAAACGGUUUUGGCAGCAACUCCCCGUUGACUCCCUCCGCCAGAAUAUCGGCCCUCAACAUCGUCAGUGAUUUACUCCGGAAAGUCGGGGCUCUGGAGUCAAAGCUCGCCGCUUGCAGGAACUUUGCCAAGGACCAGAAAGCGAGGAAGGCGUACUCUCUCGACAACAGCAACGUGCUCAACGCAAACACUGCAAACUACUCACAAUCACUCCACACAUCAUAUUUUGACAAAGCGACAGAGAUGGUCACAUUCCCCGCAUUGAUUCUGGGUAAUCGCAGCUCCUUCUGUUACUGAGAGUGUUGGGGAGCAUUCAUGCAUGUUGCUGCUUAUUUUAGCCAGGCCUCUUUUUCCAUGUAGAGUUCAUAUAAAUAAUCAACUGUGGGCUAGAUGACGUCUGAGCCACUAACUGCUGAAGGGUUCGUGGUGGUUUAAUGGUGCUGGAAAUUUUCCUGCUGUCUUUUUAACUCUUAAGCUGACCUCCAUAGACCUCUUUCCUACUAGUGUGAGUUGUUGUGUUUUUUUGUUUUGGCCCGAGAUCUAACUAUUAAUUAUAACUAACAAAGUGAAUUUUAAAGCAAAUUUUUGUAUUUCAUCUUACGAAUGAAGUUGGGAACGUUUGUCAGAAGAGAAACUUGAAGAAAAAAAUGAAAUUUACUGACAGAAACAAACAAGAAAGUCAACAAAUCCCUUUUUUUUUUUUUUAAAAAGAGUCCGUCUCUUGAUACUUUAUGACUUCCCUGCUCCGUCUUUGGCACUCUGUUCCAAGCCCAUUAGCUUCUACUGAAGAUGCAAACCUUUAAAAAUGAUUCACAAAUAUUAGUUUCAUUUCAUUGAGUUUACAGCAAUGCUAGCAGCUCUGUGACGCUGUGCUGAGCUAAAUGCUAAUGUCUGCAUGCUAAAAUGCUCACAAUGACGGUGCUAACAUGCUGUUGUUUAGCAGGUUUAAUGUUUAGUGUGUUAGCAUGCUAACACUUAGCACUAAACACAAAGUACCGCUGAGGCUGAUGGGUCAGUUUUGCAGGUAUUUAGUCAUAAAUCAAAGUAUUGGAUAAGAAAAAAUUGUAAUAUUACUCAAAAGCACAAAUAUGAACCUCAUGGUGGCGCUGGAGGAAAUGUUAGAGCAUCACCAAAGUCAGUAUGAUUCAUCAUCUGGAAACCAUGAAUGUUUGUACUGAAUUGUGUCAAGUAAAUAUCAAUGUAUUUCAUUGGAUAAGUAAAUGAAACCUGCUGGUUUUAAUAGUUUGUGGACAACAAUCAAGUUAUAUGGCAUAAAGGAAGCAUAUAUAUCUUGUUGACAUAAAGUAAGAAGAUAUAUCUUGUUGACGUAAAGGAAGAAGAUAUAUCUUGUUGACAUAAAGGAAUUGUAGAAUAUCAGUAGACUGAUCCUUUAAAAGUCAAUCGUAUUUCGUCACUUUUUCUGCUGCAUCACUCCGUUGACAGCAGUUACUUGUGGUUGUGUGAGGCUGGCGGUGAGAGCAGAGACUGGCAGUGUGUGACUGUGUGUUUCUGCUGUGUGUGUGUGAGGCUGCAUAGAUGCAACGCAACAAGGUUAUUGUUCCUUCUGGUGUGAGAGCAGGGCAUUAGUUAUGCACACCGUUCACCUUCAGGAAGGUCUGGAGAAGCCACAGGCAUUUUGUCUCACUGCCUGUGAUAGAGAAUAGAGCGGAGUGUUAAACCUUGAUUAUUUUUGAGUACUCACCAAAUUGUUUACGAAUUCAUUGAUCAGAUAUUUCCUGAUCUAAAACAGGGAACUUCUCUGCAUUUUUAGACUUUUUCUUUUAAACUUUUCUUUAACACUGAUGCAUUUAGAAGUUUGGCAUAUUUUGAUAAAUCAUAAGGAAUUAAAAUGUUUAUGUUUAUGUUAAACUAAGGUGUCAAAAGUUAAAAUGUAUUGGGUAUUGAUUCAGAAACUGAUGUAUUUUGUUUUGCCCUGGCUUGAGAAUUUGCUUUAUUUGACAUUUUCUUGAAUUGUAUUAAAGCAGUCUUUCAUUCAUACUCUGAGCGGUGCUUUCCAGAGUCAUGACUCAGGACUAAACCAAACAAAGGAUACUGAUAGUAGUUAGUAAUAGUUGGACUAUGACCCACAAGAGAAACCAGUUGUUCAGGAUAACUCAGCAACUUCCUUCCCACUUUCAUGUUCCAUUUUUGGCAACAGACGCAUAACAUUGUUAAAAACACACGUCAUCUCUGUCUGGUAGCAGCUGCGUCCUCUGUGUAUGAGAUGAUGAUGCUAAUAAUGAGGAUGAAGAGUUUUAUCUGACAAUUUGAGCAGUUUUGUUUUUUCAUUUCCAAUUUACCUUUUAUUAUGGGAGUCCAAUACUGCCAGGAAAAGAAAGGUAAACUAAUAUGGUAAUUCGCAGUUUCAUUCAUCAUUAUAUUUGUUUUUUAAAGAAAAAGUUAAUGGUAAAGGAGUUAAAUCGAAAAUAGUGUAGAUCGGCUGACUUACAAGCAAAUGUUAAUAUCAAAGAAUAAAAUUUGUACUAUUUUAGACCAUUCAUUCAUUAAAUAAAAUUAAACGUGUUAACCCAAGUAACAAAAUGAUUUGUAAUUAAGGUUUAUGUUAUUUUUUUUUUAGUUGAGCUUGAUGGUUCAUUAUUGCGACAGCGUAUUAAGCCGUUGCAUGUAAAAAAUAAAUAAAUGACCAAGCCGAGGAAGGAGGGUUACAUUCCGAGAUGAAAGUCUUACGAGAUUUAAAUUUACGAGAAAAAAACUCUAAUAUUAUUUGAGAUUAUAAAGGCGUACAUUUACGAGAAAAAAACAAGGUUGGAUUAACUUCUUCACAACACAGAAGUUUGCUGCAUGCCGAGUAUUCUGCCGUGAAGUAAUGACCAAAUCAAGUUAUACUUUUAAUCGAAUUAAGCAAUGAGAAAAUACUUGUGAUUUUAACCCAGAAUCACCAUAUUAUCAUAAGCAUCUGGACUUAAUAAUCCACUUUUAGAAAUGGCAAACUGUUUUUAGUUUUGUGUAAAAAUGUAUCUCAUAGUUUUGAUUUACUGUAAAUAUUUUUUGUCAUUCUUAACUUUUUUCCUGGCAGAAAUGGGUUUCCAUACUUAUCAGCUUGUUUUAUUGUUGCUGCUUUAAUUAAGUGGCUUUCAAUGAAAUUCUAUGAAGGCUUUUAUCUUCAACUUACUCCAAUACAUUCUCUUAGUAUGUCUGGCUGGUCGUGGGUUACCUCAUGUAUUAAUCUGGGCAACAUCGCUGCUUGGUUUAAUCGCUGCUUGGUUUAAUGUAACUCUUGUAACUUUUUUGCAGCAGGACGGUGAACGGACUGAAACCUGGAACCCUGACAGCCAUCACCGCCCCUCCUGCCGCCUCCUCCCCGGGCUUAGUGCCCCUCGCUGUGU